GUUGUUUCAACUCAUCAACAACGAUAUAACGAUACAACUCACCUGCUUGUUGGUCUUUUUGCCGCGGGGUCCAAAUUACAAUUCUGGAGAGGCCCGAAAUCGGAUCGUUCCCUUUGAAAUUCCAAUAUAACAGGCGAUACGAGCCCAUUUCCCAAAAGAAUCGUUCAUCGAGACGAUGUUACUCCUCUCCAAUUCCUCGUAGUUGUACUUGUGGCUAACAAGUUCAAAACUUUUGUCAACUUGUUCAGAUGUUGAAUCUUUGAUAAGCCUUGAUGGUAUUCCAGUAGGCAGAGAUUGGUGACCGGAAGCAAGAAGUAGCUGCAGCAGCUGCGAUUGAGGUAUGGGUUAGGUCUCAUGUGGAAAAGGAGCUUGAAAGAUGAGUAAAUGGAAUGGGCAAACGGCUCCAAAACGGAGGACGUUGACUCCGGUCACUGAAACAGGAUUUGAUUGGAAAACAUGAAGUUGGAUUAAAAAUAGUUGGCUUGUUGCUACACGAGUCUACUUGUGCAGAGCUUUGAACUCUUUUUCGAGGAAAGGAUGAAUGUACGUAGACUGGCUCUGCAUUUAUUAUGAUAUUUACAUUUUGGUGAUCUGGUCUCAAUGGAAGAAUCAGAGUGGUUUCCUCUCUACUUAUCAUUUACUAGAAGAUAGUGAAGCAAAACACCCAGCAGAAAAGAGGAUUAUGUUGAGGUGUAAGGGCAGGAGAUACAAAUGAUAUAUCAUUGCAUUAGGCUCAUCUCUGUCCGUGGAGAAUCCAGAGGACGUUCUGAUUUCACCUACCGGAGUUUUCUCUGCAGGCUUUCAUCGCGUCGGCGACAAUGCUUAUUGUUUUGCUAUAUGGUUUAGCAAACCAUCUUGCAGUAACAACUGCACUGUUGUUUGGAUGGCAAACCGUGAUUUCUCAGUUAAUGGCAAACGCUCGAAGUUAUCGUUGCUAGAAACGGGAGAUCUUAUAUUAAGCGAUGCCGGUCAAUCAAUCGCUUGGUCAACUGACACCUUUUCGCUUUCCUCAACGGAGUUACGUCUGUAUGACAAUGGCAAUCUUGUUCUACAAAAUACAGAGGGUGUUUUAUGGCAAAGCUUUGACUCACCUACAGAUACUCUUCUUCCUUCACAACCACUCACCAGGAAUACGCAGCUUGUCUCGUCGAGAAGCCGAGCAAACUUUUCUUCCGGUUACUACAAGAUGAUUUUUGAUAGCUAUAAGAUUUUAAUUCUACUCUAUGAUGGUCCAAAGCUUUCCUCUGUUUACUGGCCAUAUGCCUGGCUCCGGAGUUUCGAAGGCGGAAGGGUCAGAUCCAACAACAGUAGAACUGCCUCGUUUGAUUCUUUAGGCAGAUUUACUUCAUCUGACAAUUUCAGUUUUAUAUCAGCAGAUUAUGGAGUACGAAUCCAGCGCAGAUUGACAGUUGAUUAUGAUGGAAAUGCUCGCUUGUAUAGCCGAAAGGAGGAUAGCCCAACUUGGGUUGUCUCCUGGCAGGCCAAAUCUCAAUUAUGUGAGAUUCAUGGAAUCUGUGGACAAAACAGUACAUGUAGCUAUGAUCCAGUUUCUGGUAACAAAUGUUCUUGCCUUCCAGGAUAUAAGAGAAGAAAUACUGCUGACUGGUCUGAUGGUUGUGAACCGGAAUACAAUCUCUCCUGCGAUAAUGAAACGGCUGGUUUCAUGAAGCUCAGACAUGUCGAAAUUUAUCACAAUGAUCUUGGUUCUUUUCCCAACGUGAGUUUGGAGAUGUGCAAGAAAAUAUGUUUGCAAUCUUGCAAUUGCAAAGGGUUUCAGUACAGACAUAUUGAGAACAGUAUCACUCCAAGUUGUUACCCAAAGUCGAUAAUGGCAAAUGGACAACGCACACCAAGUUUCAGUGGUGACUUCUAUGUGAAAGUUCCUAAAUCAAGCCUAUUCUCCAAUAUGGAAGUAGUUUCAGGAAUAUCCGAUUUUAAGCUAAAUUGCUCCAUUGAACCUGUCAAGCCUUUAAAUAGAGUUUAUUCAGAAGAGAGAGAAAAUGGGACCUUGAAAUUCAUGCUUUGGUUUGCCUGUGGGUUAGGGGGAAUCGAGAUUAUUGGCAUCUUUCUUGUUACGUGUUUCUUGAUGAAGUCACAGAAGGACUCCAAUAAAGCUACGCAAAACUAUCAUUCCAUAGCAGCUGGAUUUAAGAGAUUCACUUAUUCUGAGCUUAAAAGGGCAACAAGAAACUUCAGUGAGGAAAUUGGAAGGGGAGGAGGAGGAGUUGUGUAUAAAGGGACACUAUGGAAUGGUCAAGUGGCCGCAAUCAAACGACUUGAUAUAACUAACCAAGGAGAAGCAGAGUUCCUAGCAGAAGUCAGUAUUAUUGGAAGACUUAACCACAUGAACUUGAUUGGGAUGUGGGGCUAUUGUGUAGAAGGGAAACACAGGCUUUUGGUUUACGAUUAUAUGGAAAAUGGUUCCUUGGCAAAAAAUCUCUCCUUGAAAGCACUUGAUUGGAAGAAACGAUUUGAUAUAGCACUAGGCACUGCAAGAGGGCUGGCUUAUUUACAUGAUGAGUGCUGCGAGUGGAUUUUACACUGUGAUGUAAAGCCUCACAAUAUACUCCUAGACUCUAAUUACCAGCCAAAAGUAGCAGAUUUUGGCUUAUCCAAGCUACAAGACAGAGGCGAGGUUGUAAAUCAUUCAAAUUUCUCAAAAAUAAGAGGAACCAGAGGUUACAUGGCUCCUGAGUGGGUUAUUAACCUGCCAAUCACAUCCAAAGUGGAUGUGUAUAGUUAUGGGAUUGUUGUCUUGGAGCUGGUAACUGGAAAGAGUCCGGUCAUGGAAGUUAGUGGACAAAUAGAUAAUAAAAGGUUGGUAGCAUCGGUGAGGGAGAAGAAAAACAGAGCCGAUGGAAAGGCGUCGUGGUUUGAAGAGAUCAUAGAUCCUUUGUUGAAGGGAGAAUAUGAUGAAGUUAAGAUGGAAAUUCUGGUUCAAGUAGCAUUGCAAUGUGUAGAGGAAGACAGAGAUGCGAGGCCCACUAUGAGCAGAGUCGUUGAGAUGCUUUUGCGACUUGAAAAUGAUUAUUAGCCAUAUAUAUAUAUAUAUAUCAAAACAAAGUGUUCAAUUGUGUUAUAUUCCUUUCCAUGAAUUACAAUUUGUUUGAUAUGAAAGAGAAUGCAUACAUCAAACAAAAAUCUUAGGGCUUGUUUGUUA